GCCGCCGGCCACCGUUUCGCCCGAGUCUAGUCACCUCCCGUCCGCGCGCGCAUGCGCAUCCAGUCAGCGCGCGCCCGCCCGCUUCCGCCCUCGCGAUUUUAUCCACUCUCACCACUCACCAACGGAGCUUCGCUCAGCGCAGCGCCAUCCCCCCGCCCCGCCUCCGGAUUCUCUCGCCCCAGGCCGAACAACCCCACGUUCGCCACGUGCGCUCGCGCCACCGCCUCGCCGCCCCAGCCAAUGAUCUAGAGCCUCGCGGAUCUGACGCGGCGCCCCCGCCCCGCCUCCGCGGUCCGGUCACCGUCUCGGCUUGCCCAGGCCCGCGCCUCCCCGCUUGUUCGUGCCGCCCUCGCCGGCGUAGGGGGGCGCGUGCGGCGAGCUCGUCCAUGGGGACGCUCGUCUGGCUGAGGCCGACCGCGGCCCCGGCCGUCCCCGCCGGUCCCUCCGCCGCGCACGCGGUGGCUGCCGGUGGUGUAAAUGCCCGGCCUCGGCGGGUGUCCGUGGCGUCCCGCUGCACGAACCCGCGGGUGCUCCAGGCGGGGAGGUGCCGGUGGCUGGUUGUCAGGUCGGGUGUCACGGCCGCUGCAGCCGCCGCAGAUGACCCCGAGGAUUCGUCGGAGCUAUCAGAUCUGCAAGUGGCUUCGAGGAUCAGAGGGGUCUUCUUCUACGCGGUGACUGCUGUUGCGGCGAUCUUUUUGUUUAUAGCUAUGGUUGUGGUUCAUCCACUUGUGCUCUUGUUUGACCGCCACCGUAGGAGAGCUCAGCACUAUAUUGCAAAGAUUUGGGCUACUCUGGCAGUUUCCAUGUUCUACAAGCUUGAAGUUGAGGGAAUGGAGAAUCUACCUCCCAAUAGUAGCCCUGCUGUCUAUGUUGCUAACCAUCAGAGCUUCUUGGAUAUCUAUACCCUUCUAACUCUAGGAAGGUGCUUCAAAUUUAUAAGCAAGACCAGUAUCUUUAUGCUUCCAGUUAUUGGUUGGGCAAUGUAUCUCUUGGGUGUCAUUCCUUUACGGCGUAUGGACAGCAGGAGCCAGCUGGACUGUCUUAAACGGUGUGUGGAUUUGGUGAAAAGGGGGGCGUCUGUAUUUUUCUUUCCAGAGGGAACUCGAAGUAAAGAUGGAAAGCUAGGUAUAUUCAAGCGAGGAGCAUUUAGUGUCGCAGCGAAGACUGGCGUUCCUGUCAUACCUAUUACCCUUCUCGGGACAGGGAAAUUGAUGCCUCCUGGAAUGGAAAGCAACCUUAAUUCAGGUUCAGUACAAGUCAUUAUUCACCGUCCAAUUGAAGGGAAUGAUGCAGAGAAAUUAUGUACCGACGCAAGGAAUGUGAUAGCAGACACUCUUCUUCUACAUGGUUAUGGAGUGCACUAAUGGAAGUGGGUGAUUUUUCCUAUUCAAUGGAUCAUGGAACCUAGUUUGCCGAAACGUGUCGACUGAAGGCAAAGAUAGUUUACAGCUGGUAGAGGUGCUGAGUGCAGGCAUUCUUUUUGCUGCAGAAUGAAGACAGGGGCUGGAGGAAGAAUAAGAAUGACUUGCGCUUGUUAGUUGCUGUGUGUGACUUGCAAAACAGGCUUUGAUGUAGUUUAUCUUUCACAAAUUGUAGUUUGCAUUUUUUGCCUUGUUCUAUAGUAUUUUAACAUGAAAAGAUGUGAUGUGGCGAAGAAAUCAUCUGGACCUAGAUGAUUUUGCCAUAUUCUACAAUCUGAGAAGAUAAGAUUUUUUUUGUGUGGGUGAGAAGAUAAUAAAGUUGGCACGUGAUUUCCUUUUGGGACUUGGUAAA